GAGGCCCGGGUUCGGGAGCUGGAGAACGAGCUGGAGGCUGAGCAAAAGCGCAAUGCAGAGUCAGUGAAGGGCAUGAGGAAGAGCGAGCGGCGCAUCAAGGAGCUCACCUACCAGACAGAGGAGGACAAGAAGAACCUGAUGCGACUGCAGGACCUGGUGGACAAGCUGCAGCUGAAGGUGAAGGCGUACAAGCGCCAGGCUGAGGAGGCGGAGGAGCAGGCCAACACCAACCUGUCCAAGUUCCGCAAGGUGCAGCAUGAACUGGAUGAGGCAGAGGAGAGGGCUGACAUCGCCGAGUCCCAGGUCAACAAGCUGCGGGCCAAGAGCCGUGACAUUGGUGCCAAGAAAAUGCACGAUGAAGAAUGA